AUGCCCUUGAUCUGGACGCUGGUAGUUGGCUAUGUGCUGAUGGUUUCAUUCAAGUGGAAUGCAAGCACUCAAGGCUACUUGAGAGCAGUUUCGAUUCCUGUCUGGAUGAUACUGCUUUUUCAUAUAGCAUCACUGGCUGGCUCAUGGAGAAUUCCAGUUUUCCUAGUUAUUGUUUUCUUGAUGUCUGUGGGCACCCUUUAUGAAAAACAGAAUGGGAAGGAGUCUGCUGGUGCAGAAUUACCAGGACAAGUGAUCUCCAUGGCGGCUUCUACUCUUGCAAACCUGGCCAUCUCUAUCACAGGGUAUGAGUCAAGCACUGAAGACCAGCCCUCUGCUCCAACUGCAGAGCCCACAGACAGGGGAGAGCCCCCUCCAGCAUUGUCCACUUCUUCUUCAUCCUCCUCCCGUUCCUCACCCUCUUCUCCUUCACCUACUCUGGGCAGACAGAGGCCUGAGAUGGGAACGUUUCUCAGAAAGAAGAAAGCUAGUGACGUUUACUUCGUGUCUCUCAUGUGGGCCAUCAUUGCUGUCCAGCUCUGGCUGAAUCUGUGGGUCAUGCAGCUGCUGCCAGUGCCUGUUGCAGUUUGGAUAAUCAAAAAGCUCGUGAUUCACUUUGGAGUGGUGGACUUCCUGGAGAAACGCUGCCGUGCUUGGUGGCAGGUUAUCGAGAACUUCCUGAAGGAGCGGCAGGAGGCCUUAGCACCAUGGCCGAUUAUCGGGCUUGGAAAGUUCUUACUAAAAGUUGAUAGCAAGCUCUGGCACUGGCUAAACAAGAAGAUGAUCAUCUGGUUGGAGAAGAUGUUAGAUAAAAUUAUCAGCAUUUUCAUCAUAUUCUUGCUAGUAAUAGGAACUCUUCUUUUAGCCCUUCUCCUGACAGCAAAGGUACAUCAAGAGAGUGUACACAUGAUUGAAGUCACAAGUAAUCUGAUUAAUGAAACUCUGGCAAAUCACCCCGAGUGGGCAAAUUGGCUUCCAGAGGCUCAGGUGGUCCAAAGAGCCCUUAAUUCUGCAGCUAACAAUGUGUAUCAGUAUGGACGGGAAUGGAUAACUCACAAGCUUCACAAAAUUCUAGGAGAUAAGGUGAACAAUACAGCUGUGAUUGAAAAACAAGUUCUAGAACUGUGGGACAGACUGUAUCACUCUUGGUUUGUAAAGAACGUGACACACUCUGGAAGGCACAAAGGGCACAAGAUGCACGUGAGUCGUCAGAACAGCUGGCUGGGAGAUAUUCUGGACUGGCAAGAUAUUGCCUCCUUCGUUCAUGAGAACAUUGAGACUUUUCUUUCGAUCUUGGAGUCCCUGUGGAUUGUUAUGAGCCGGAACGUGAGCCUGCUGUUUACCACGGUUACCACACUGCUGACCAUCCUCUUCUACAGUGGCACUGCCCUUCUCAACUUUGUGCUUUCCCUGAUAAUUUUCCUGACCACACUAUUUUAUCUGUUAAGUUCCAGUGAUGAGUACUACAAGCCAGUGAAGUGGGUGAUAAGCCUGACACCACUGUCUCAGCCAGGUCCUUCUUCUAAUAUUAUCGGGCAGUCUGUGGAAGAGGCUAUCAGGGGGGUGUUCGAUGCUUCCCUCAAAAUGGCUGGCUUCUAUGGAUUGUACACCUGGCUGACUCACACUAUAUUUGGCAUCAAUAUUGUCUUCAUACCAUCAGCUUUGGCAGCAAUCCUUGGAGCUGUGCCAUUUCUGGGGACAUACUGGGCAGCAGUACCUGCAGUUUUAGACCUGUGGCUGACACAGGGGUUAGGAUGUAAGGCCAUCUUGCUGUUGGUCUUUCAUCUCUUACCGACAUACUUUGUGGACACUGCCAUCUACUCUGAUAUAUCAGGAGGAGGCCAUCCCUACCUGACUGGCUUAGCAGUGGCUGGUGGAGCAUAUUACCUGGGCCUGGAAGGAGCAAUCAUUGGGCCCAUACUUCUCUGUAUACUCGUGGUUGCUUCCAAUAUCUACAGUGCCAUGCUAGUGAGUCCCACGAAUUCAGUGCCCACACCAAAUCAGACCCCUUGGCCUGCUCAGACUCAGCGGCCUUUUCGUGAUAUUGCUGAAGAUCUGAACUCUUCAGUAGAUUGACCUGGCUUUACUGUAGUGACUUCUCGGGAGUUCCACCUUGACAGAGAGUCCUCCCAGCUGCAGCCUCUGUCCAGUCAGCUAUGUCUGGCAGGCAGGGGCGCCCAGAAAAGAAGCAGAAGCCUCCCAGCCUUACAUGCAGAGCACUAAGUGAGAGAGAAGUUGCUCUAGGCUGCCUUGCAUUUUAAAACACAGCUUGAGAGUUGAGAACUGUGUUUGCUCACAGCUAUGGUAAGAUGGCUUGAAAUGUUACAGUUCAUGCACUGACACAGAGGCCUGAAAUUGCCCCUCUGUGAUUAUCUACUGCAGUAUAUUUAUAAAGUUAUUUGAAGGAUUCUAAAAUACCUUUUAAAGGAUAUUCUGUGUAAUUUUUCUCCUGCUGUAGGAGUUUUUAGUCUCUUUUCAGCGACAAGGCUUCCCUUUGGCAUAUGGUUUAGUUAGCAGGAAAAGUAUGUUUUGAUACCCUUUAAAAUAACACCAUCCUAUUCUUAAGAGGAAAGGGGUCUUAGGGGUGAAGCUGACAUGUGUGUGCUGUGACCAGAGAGGCAGCAGGAAGGGAACUCUUCUUCCUCUUCCUUCCCUUCACCACCUCCUUUCAGCGUUGCCAAAUUUCUACAACUUGCCUGACCACAUUGAAUGAUGAUCCUUAUUGAGCUGCUAUAAACGGUAACGAUGUGAGAGGAUCCUCCCUGUCAACUUUUCUCUUUUAACUGUUUCCCAGGAGAAACCUUUCAGGUGUAGUGGCCCUCUGGUUUGUUCUGUGCCCAGUUGGUUUUUCCGCAGCAGAACUGCGUAUUUUCUUCACUUAGCACAGUGCCUUGCACAUGGGAGUUUAAAUGAAUGCUUGCUGAGUCUCACUGUAACAGUGUAUGUGUCUCAUAACACAUAACCAGCAUAGUGCUUUACAUACGUACAGCCCUUGUGCAUAGUACUUCACACGCACUUCACAUCAGCUCUUGCACAGUGUCACACUGGUAGGGGGCUAAGCUUUAGGACAGUGGCCAGUGCAAAGCCAAGUGUUAUAACUUGUCUCCUGUCUUCUGACAUUAUAUCUGCAGUGUCAUAAGGCACUUCUUAGGGCCUUGGCAGCUUCCCAGUCCCAGGCGUUGUCAUUCAUUCAUUACAAGUGAAAGAAAGCUUGACCUGCUUCAUGGCAGGGCCGAAACUAGAGCUGAGCUCCUAGUCUUGUGCCUUUUCUAGCUGUUUAGUCUUCAGGCCUUCUAGUGCUUCUGAGGGAAUAUGCAGCAGAAAGGAUUUGUGUCAAAGAUUUGUUUGUUUGUUUUUAGCAUUUAAAACUAAAAUUAAUUUUUCCUAAAAUAUCUCACUAAAUUUAUUCCUGGUAUGAUUAGUAAAACCCACCCACAGCAGUGUCUCUUGACUUGCUGUGUGUAGUAUAGCACAUACAGGUCUCCUUAUUGUAUCAUGAGCCCUUCAACAUAUGACCUGCUAUUCCAUCAUCACCUGUUAGAUUUGAGCACUAAAUCACUUACUCUGUUUUUUAGUCAGUUGGUUAUUUGCUCAUGAACAGAUUUCUUGAGCAUUAGUAAGCUCUAGGUACCAUGCCAGAAACUGUACAGGGUCUGUGAGAGAGAACCCUUAAGGCCGCCUCUCUCACCUUCCAUGCCAGCCAGCUCAUGAGUCACACUAAAUCUAAAUUCUUGCAUUAAAAUGGUUGAGGAGAGAAAACAAGUUUGUGUUUGUUUACUAUAUCAUGAUAAGUUUAUAGCUAUAAUUAGCACAUACUCAUAAGAGGCAAAUGUACAGUGACUUUGUGUGCAUACACAAAUCACGUUGCUCCAAUGUGCUUUUAGCCACAUAAAAGCAAAAUUGCAAAAACCCAAGUUUGAGCUAAUUCAUAGCUGUUGGAAGGAUAGUUCUCAAUUUGAACGUGCAGUUUUUUGAUGGGAACUCUGAGCUCUAAGAAAGUAGUUCAGAGCUUCCUAAAGUAGUGGCAGUGGUGUAAGCCUGUUCUGAAAUUUUAGGACCACUGAAACCACUCCAUUGCCAUAGUAAAUCCAGGAAGGCCAUCAGUUGGAAUCAGAAAAGCAUCCUGGCAUAUGCCAGGCACAGGAAGGAGGUUUUACAGAGUGUUCCUAAGGCAGAUAGAGAGCAGAUAGCAUAAAGAGUUAGUCUUUAGUUUCAGUCCCUCACUUACCCUGAAGAGUUUGCAUGGACUUUGACCUGGGAAAAAGGUCCCUUAAGAUCUUAAGAGAGGGUAUCUAAGCUUGGCUUGUUUUGUUUGUUUGGUGUGUGUGCAUGCAUGUGUAAACAGGACCUCAUAGCUCAGGAAAAUGCAUCCAUGAAAUGAAAGUAGCUUCGGUAAAAUUGAGGACAGGAAUCUGUCAUAGCAGCUUGGAUUGCAUAAAUUAAGGGUUAGUUUCAAGUUCCCUUUCACUGUCAGUUUUAAACUAGGCACAGGGGAGCUGAAAAGCUGUGCACACCAAUUAGCGCCUGUUUUUUUGUUAAGAGAACGAGGUGCAGGCCUGGAAGUGUAAAUUCCAUGUUAUGUACAGCCUCUUUGGCUCCUAGAUAUUAUGAAUCUGUGAGUCUCCUAAUCUUUCCUCCCUAAGAACUGGCUGCUUGCUUUUGUGCCCUGAGAUGUCUCUGGGUUAGCUCUCGACUGUGGAAGGACCAGGGUGCAUUAAGUAGAGACCCUAUGUCCAAACUCCGUGGCUUUGGGGAUGGCAUGUCCCCGUGUACAGGCAGCGGAAGCACUGGCAGGGCAGGUUCUUCCAUCUAAGUUUGGCAUUGGUAAGAACUCAACCAUACUCUUUUGGGACUUCAUCAUUCCUCCAUUUUCCAUCUUGUUUGGUGACUGUUUGAGAAGUGUGGCAGAAAAUGCUGGGAACUCCAGGCCAGUGGGGGUUAAACUAGAAUACAUUCAUUUAGGUGAUAUUGGAGGAUUUAACCUAGUUUAUGGGAAAUACCCUAGGUGAUAUUGGAGGAUUUAACCUAGUUUAUGGGAAAUACCCUCAGGACUUCCCAUACUCCAUUCCUGGCCUUCCAGUAUUUUUUGAGGGUCCCCCACAGCCUUUCCAAGAGUAUCACAUUGGGACUUUGAGUUCCCUUUUCACAAUGAAAAUUUCUUAUGGCAACAUACUCCCAAAUUCUUGUUCCUGCAAAGAACAGCUACUAUUUAUUUUUCUACUUAUUUAUUUAUUUAUUUAUUUAUUUUUAUCAGUUUUUUGUCUUUGCUCAUUUUGCCAUCAAAUAUUAUUAACUCACUAAGAUCUGAGAAAAAUACCUACCCAAAGCCACAAAGCAGCUUUCUUGAUAGCUUGAAAAUACUCCGAGAACUGUAGGUGAAGAGUCUUCUUAGCAGCAUCACAGAAGUUUGGUGAUUGAAUGGGCUAUUGUAGUGAGAUGAUAUAAUUGUUUUAGAGAAGGAAACAAAUUUACUGGUUAAGUAGCUUAUUGUAACAGCCAGUUAACAACAAAAUAAAAGUGGAGUACAGAUCCUCUCCCUCAGCCUGCCUUCUGCUUCUCUUUCCUUUUUCUCAUAGCUCAGCCACUUUUGUCAAAAAAAAAAACGAAGGAAGGAAGGAAGGAAGGAAGGAAGGAAGGAAGGAAGGAAGGAAGGAAGGAAGGAAGGAAGGAAGGAAGGAAGGGGGUUCCAUAUAGUAGUUGUUUGUACAGUUAAUAAAGUUGUAAGAGAAAAACUGCUAUGGGAGGGGAGAUUAAAAUUGAGGAAUGCCUAGUUAUUUCCUUUCCCUGGGAUGUCUAUGAGUUUUUAUUAUGUCACAACACAUUGUGAAGGGAGGAGGGACCACGUGUUGCACUUUAUGUUGUGCCCCUAUUCUUUCUGAGCAUCUCAAACGACUAGCUUUUGAUCAAGUUUAUAGAUCUUUUAGAAGACUAUAGGUAGUGAAAAUACUGGCAGGGAAUUUGUUACCAUGAUACCAUGGAUUGGUAACAAGUCCCAGCAGUCUACUGAGACACCAGCAUUUGCUGCCUAGAGCUGCACUUGCAGGAAGGAGGUUCUUCCCAUUUGUGGCACCCCAAAUCAGUGUUUAUGCUUGACUUUGCAAGACAUCCAAGAAUCGGUUAAUGGGAAUACAUUGGUGAUGCUUUUGUAUGGCACUUUAUAACUUUCAGACACCUUUGGACAACCCUGUGAGCUAGUCAUUAUUAUAGUCGUUGUACAGACUGGAAGCCCUGAGAAGUUUGAUCCCCAUUCCCCCCCACGUCCUGCCCUCCUCUCUCCGAAAUUUACAUAUAAAAGCAUGGAGCCAGAAUUUGGUUACAGAGUAUCUGACUCCAAGUCCAAAGUUCUUUAUUCUGGUCUUUCAUUCUAGCUUUAUGUACGCAAUAAAAAAGGUAUGGAAAGAAACAUUUUACCAUUGUUUUUUGCUUAUUGUGAAAUCCCAAAUCUUUUGUAUCAGAGUGACCCAGAAGUGUAACUCUUAUUGCAGCUGUCCUAGAGAAAACUCUGUCCUUGCAGUGCCUCUUGUUCAGGUACUUGGAUUGUAUUUCAAAUACUGAUUGAUUGUGAAACUAAGGUUGAACAUAUCAUUGUAAUUAUUUAUCUCUGAAAAUGUAUCACCUCUGCAUUCUCAGGUAAAAGAGAGAUGAUUUGAAAGGAAAAAGUGUUCAAAUGCAACAAUAAAUAUCCUGUAUUACACAAAUGCCGUUUCUUAGCUUUAUUUGCUUUCACAACUUACUGAUGUAAUAACAUCUUUGUAAAAAGUAAAAUAUUUAUAUUUUGAAAUAAAGUUAACAAAUG